AUGCUGCAAGAGGUUGGUGCAAUUGCACAACUCGAUGUCCUAACACCAGAGGAGAUGCUUGAUGUGCCAGAAGAACAGGUGGUGUCAGAGCAGUGGACCAAUGAGGAUAUUGUGGAGCAGGUGCAGGAGGAGAUGUGGCAGGAUGAGGUUAUUGAGGUGCUUGAUGACAAGGAGGAGGAGGAACCAGUUGCACCUCUGUGGUCUGCUCAGAAAGUGCUGGCUGCAUCACUUGAGCUGGAGUGUCUGUUUACUGCUCAGCCUAGCAGAGCUUUCCAGGACAUGCUGUGGGCUUUCCCUUCAAUGAUGGAUGCACUAAAACAUCUCCAUGUCCAAUCUCUCACCCAGUGUAGCCUCAUGUCAUAUUUCUCCUAA